AUGGACGGGUUAAGACGUGCGGGUGGCCUUACCGCUCAAGCACAACUACUAUGGCGAGCAACUUCGCAACCACGUAAAAAGUUGUUGAUUGACUUCUCCUCGCCGAACGUCGCAAAACAAUUUCACGUGGGUAAUCUCAGAUCGACACUAAUCGGACGAUUCAUCGAUAAGGCGCAUCGAAAUUUGGGCGAUGAUGUGACUUCGUUGAACUAUCUCGGUGACUGGGGAACUCAAUUUGCACUCAUCGCUGCAUAUUGGCCACAGAAUCGACCUUCCGAUGCAUUUUGGACAAAAGUGAGCGAUGACGAAAAAAUGAAGUUGAUCCAGCAAUGUUAUGUUGUUGCUAAUAAGAUGUUAACGACCGAAGGUGAUUUCAGAGUGGUUGUACGUGACACGUAUAAAAAGAUGGAAGAUUUCCUUGUCAAAGGAGUAAUCGAGGAUGAGGUGAUGCUACUUUGGAGGGAUAUUCGAUCAUUAUCCGAAAGACAUCUCGCACAUUUUUACAAAUUACUGGAUAUCACUUUUGACAAAACCUUUUUCGAGUCGGACGAAGUAGCAGGUGCAAGAAAAGUUAUCGAUGAAUUGGUUCAAAAAGGGAUUGCUGUGAAGAGAGCAGAUGGAUUAUGGGUAGUUGAAAUGGAGAAAAAGAAUGCCGAGGGUAAAGAAGAAUAUUCAAUCGUAAAGAAAAGCGAUGAUACAACACUUUACUUGACAAGAGAUGUGGCUUCUAUCUUACGACGUGACAAAUUAUUCGGAGCUGAUCGGUACCUCUAUGUUGUUGAUCGAGCACAAAAAAGGCAUUUUGAGGAAAUCGGCUAUGUUCUUGGCAAAAUGGGACGACGAGAUUUGGCGGAUAAAAUUGAACAUGUCAUAUUUGGACGUGUGCAAGGAUUGUCGACAAGAUUAGGCAAAACGGAAGCUGUCACAGAUGUCAUCGAACGAGGCUCAGAAUUGGCAAGACAAUACAUUAAAUCAAGUCCCACCGCCAAAGUCAAAGAAGAGGAAAUAGCACAGUUAUCACGCGUGCUUGCUUUGGAUGCUAUCACGGUGAACACGUUGAAGAGAGCGCGAGCUUCUGAAUACGAGUUUACUUUCAAAAAUGCUUUUGCACUCAAUCAAAACAACGCUCUUCUUUUACAGGAGAAAUAUUCACGUUUAUGUUCGAUUGAAGCUAAAAAUGCCGAGUUGCUCCCCAAGUUAGAUGAGGAUUCGAGAAUCAGCGAGGAUGAAGGAGCAAAACAAUUGAUUGAUUUCCUUAACGCAACGCCAGGAGUUUUGGUGGAGAGUGCUCGCCGGAUGGAACCAUGUCAACUCACCGUUCAUCUUAUUCAACUGGCACAUCAUAUUGGAAGAGCCAUUGCCAACCAAAAAGUUUCUGGGGAGUCGAUUGAUGUGGCUGUGCCUCGUCUUCCACCGUCUGAUCCAUGGAAUUUCAAUAAUUAUAUACACGGUCAAUUGCGGAUAAGCCAAAUGGAGACAAGAGAAUGGAAUCGAGGACGAAGAUUUAAUAAAGGAAAAAAGGGAAACCGAUUUCAGCACUUAAAAGAGGUUUUGUACUGGAAGUGGCGCAGAAUAACAGGACGAAAUCUAACUCCUCGAUGCCAUUUUCAUUGUGCGGAUGAUCGUCAUCAGCAU